AUGCCCGUUACCGAACUCGCCCUCCUCCGUCUGAAGACCGAGACCCCAUGCCAAGAUGUAAAGACGAGUUUCCAACAGGCCGGACAAGCACAAAGCGACUAUUCAAAGUAUCCGGCUAGAUUCUUUCGCCAAACAGAAGAUUCAUCAUUCAUCUAUGUUCUUGGAGGAUGGGAAUCCAUCGUCACCCAUACAGGCGAAUGGAUUACAUCGGAGACGAACCAGAAGUAUCUGGGCCAACUGAAAGACGAGGUUGAUAUUGAGUGGAUGUUUCAUUUGGAUAUUGAUCCAAGUACCCCUACCAUGCCACUAGAUGCACCUGUCAUCGCAGUAAGUAGGUAUUUUGUAGAGUCUUCGAAGAAGGCCGACUUCGAUGCUGCGUUUAAGAAUGGAGCACCUUAUUUAGGUGCUCAGACGGCCCCUUUCUCGUAUGCUGGUGGGUGGAGAAUCGACAAGGAAGACGACGAUGAGGAGUUUGUAUUAUUUAGUGGAUGGAAUAAGCCCGAAGAUCAUUAUGCGUUUGCAGAGACGGAGGGAUUUAAACAGUUUGGUAAAAUCAAGGAUUCGUUGAAGGGGGCUGAGAUUAAGCAUGUGCGUAUAGAGAAGUGGGAGUGA